AUGCGCUUCAACCUGCGACGCGUCUUCGUCCUCUGUCUAAUCGCUUUCUGCACAACACUUGUGAUUCUAUCAUUCCCGAGAAGUGAAGGACCCUACGUGGAUUCUGAUAUCGAAAAAGAUCCACAAUUUCUACAAGCCGCUGUUCCAGAGGGAAGACAUUUCAAUUUUGAUCAAUUGAACACAAAGAAAGGACCACCAAGAGGUCGAGUCUAUCCAAAUGGAGCCGGUGAACAACUCACCUUCCAGAAACAACCAAAUCCACCAAGUUUAAUUAAAAACACUGAUUAUGGAGAUCCCUUUGAUUUUACUCCUCCACACGACCAACAACUUUUGAGAAGAAUCUAUGAAGCAAUCAAGAGAAUCGAUUUCGAUGAAUUGAUACCAAAGGAAUGCACAGAGAAAACAACGUUGAAACAAUAUUGGCUACAGACAGAAGGAAAGCAAGUGAGCGCUGAUGAUUCGUGGGAACGCUUCUACUCACACAUUGGAAGCUGCGAUAUGUACAGAGAUGAAACGGUGAUCGACGAACUUCUACGGGAUUUGAACAAAUUCCCGAUCAAGACCGUGCAUAUUAUGGAUGGAGGAACGCAGGUUAAACUCGUCUUCACUUUCGAAAACGGUAAACAAGCCGUUUUCAAGCCAAUGAGAUUUGGAAGAGAUUACGAGUCAGAUAUCAAUCAUUUCUACUUUUCUGACUUUGAAAGACAUCAAGCUGAGAUUGCCACUUUUCAUCUUGACAAAAUCCUGGGCUUUCGAAGAGCUGUCCCAACAGUUGGUCGAAUUGUUAAUAUCACUAGUGAUCUUUACGACAAAGCUGAGAAAAAGUUGAAGAAAACUUUCUUUGUUUCUCCAGCUAAAAAUAAAUGCUUUGUCGGUCGAUGUGAUUACUAUUGUGAUACAACGCAUGCGAUUUGUGGUCUCCCGGACUUGAAGGAAGGAUCUUUGCAAGUAUUUCUACCCGAUGAGGGAUCGGUUCCUCGAAAGCACAACAGAAGUCCGUACAGAAGAACAUAUUCAAAGAAAAAUCAGCUCGCCGAAUGGCAAACGAAUAUGGACUAUUGUACGAAUCAAGUGAAAGCAAAAGGAGUCUACGCUCAUGGAAGGAAAUUGUUGGAUUUGAUUGAUUUACAUAUCAUGGAUUAUUUGAUAGGAAAUCAAGACCGUCACCACUAUGAAUCGUUCAAUGUUUUUGGAAAAAUACCUUCCUAUGCAAUUCAUUUGGACAAUGGCAGAGCUUUUGGCCGAACUGACUUCGACGAUCAUGAUAUUCUCCUCCCGUUGAAGCAAUGUUGCCUGAUUAGACCUAGAACUCUUCAAACUCUUCUCAACUACUACUCCGAGCCAAGAUCCCUCACAAGAGCUCUUCAUGACUCAAUGUUCAAAGAUCCCGUUCAUCCGAUUUUAGCUUUCAAACACUAUCCAGCCUUAGAAAGACGGCUACAUGAUGUGAUCAAAGCCAUUGAUGGUUGUCUGCAAAAAGUGAGUGCAUCGGCGAUGGUGAUGAACCAUUUCCACAAUUCGGCUGUUGCUGAAGAUCAAGCUGAAGAGGAGUCAAAGAUUAAUAUACUCGCAUGGUCUAUAGACGGGUCUCGGGUGAAAGUUCAUUCAAAAUUAUGCUCGAUAUUCAAAAAAAAUUACCCCACUCUCACGUGCCACAUUCCUUUUGCCUUCUUUAUUUUUCCAAUUCUCGUGCAAAUGUGCCUUUUUCCACAACGAAUUGUCUGUAUUGCAAAAUAUGGGUUCACCAUUUUUUGUCAU